UGCCGCCGGUCUGCGCAGCGUUUCACUUAUUCGAUUUGACAUCGCGUCAUUUGUCCGCAGCACCAGAGAACAUAUAACUUUGCUGCUCCUACACAGGACUGCGUAGCAAAAGUUCUUUUGCUUUUCUGUCGUCUGUCUUUCCAUUCAGAUGAUACUGGACGAGAAAUGCAUUCUUGCACCGCCGCCUCCUUAUGUCCAGGCCGUUGCAGGAUCCAGCAAUCCGCCCCGCCGCCGGUCAAACUUGACUUUCUCGUCCCUUCCAUCCCAUCUUUUGCUUCAGAUCGUCUACUGUACAUUCCCUCUCGAGGAUGGCGAGCACGACGGCGACUCCAAGGUCGUCAGACAGCGAGAGAAUCUGCACUGGUUGGAAACCUCGCUAAGACUGGUGAAUAGAGCGCUAUACAUUGCUUGUAUGCAUAUACUGAGGUCGACAUAUCUCCCAGCAUACGACCGUCUCGUACGAGCGCCAUAUACCUCAGAUCCAUUCCCUACCUCUUCACCCUCCGAGACACAGACAUCCACUUCUCCCGUAUUCACUCACCAUCGUGAACUAGCGACCCUCGACCGCUUCAUUUCUCUGCUGGCACAUGAAGAUCGCCUCUUAGACACGUCAGACCUUCAUUUACCUCGUGAAGAGGCCUACAGGGAUCUUUUCGACCUUGUACAACCAAAGAGCCGUCUGGAGGAUCUGAUAGCAGAACAAGGAUGUAGAAUUGGCGUCGUGAUCCUGGACCGUCCGCGCUUCAAAGGCCAUCGUUCAACUAACAGUGGCCUAUCGGUCGUUUCGUCCCCGUCAGCCAUGACAUCGACAUCGACGCUCGAUUCUCCUCACAACUCGACUUCGUCAAUCAAAAAACACUAUGAUACCGAGCCAACCUCCCCUUCUUCGUCAUCGAUGCCAUCCUUUCCAAUGCUGUCUGAACCAAAGCGGAAGAAAUCAUCAUUUAACUUGUUCUCUUUCGGACGCCCCAAGAAACCUAUCACGCCUCCGUCGCCUCCUGUUCCAACCCGGAGACCCUCCAUAGAACCCAUUCCAUUUUCCACCCUGACCAUCUCUUUCUCACCAAGAAGUGUAGCUCUUGUGUACACCCCUCCACCCGAAACCUUGCCUUCGCCUUCUUCAUCCUCUCCCUAUGGAGGGAGUACAUAUGGGUCCUUGAGCAUGAGCAUGAAUGCUAGUGUUCUGCGAAAGAAGACGCUUGCCGAAAUUACCAGAACCAGGGAUGAACCUCUCGAAGUCAGCGCUAAGCGAUUAGUGCAGUCCUUGAAGGCAUGGCUUGAAGAGGAUUAGAAUAUUUCACGUUCCUUGGACAGCCAAAAUAUGCGGGUCGCUCGCGAUAUGUACAAAGAUGUCUCGAUGGUGUGUUCUAACACCGGUGUAAGAUCCUCCAUCCCAUACGUUGCGCAUAUUUCUGUUUACAAUAUUUAUUGUCAUAUCUCUAGAUAAUUGUUUUCGUGUUUUCGCAUAUGUAGGAUAGCAAGCAGUACAUAACAAAGGAUGUGUAAAAUACGACGAAGCAUACAAUGAACCAGUAUCUCUACACAGGCGCAUCUUCUCGUGAGUAGUCG